UGAGAAGGGCCUGAUAGUCGACUUCAAGGCCCGUAUGGUUGCGCGGGGUUUGUCUCAAAUCCCCGGCAUCGACUUCCACCACUCAUCCUCAGCGUGCCCGUCUGCAGCGUCUAUGAAGGCAGUGACUGCCGUAGCCACUGAAAAGGGCAAGAAACUCGCUCACUGGGAUGUGAAUCAAGCGUACAUCCACGCUAAGCUAAAAGAAGAAAUAUACCUCAGAUUCCCGGAAGGCUGUGGUAGCAUGUCCGGCAAGGUGGUCAAGGUUGAGCGUGCCCUGUAUGGCCCAAAGCAGAGUGGCCGUGAGUGGGGGUUUGAAGCUGCCGAUGCCCUCGUCGAGAAUGGAUACGAGCAGUGCAGGGUUGACCCGUGUGUCUUCCGGAAGGUGGUUGAUAGAGAGGUCGUAGGUCUCAUCGUGAUCUACGUCGACGACAUCUUCGUGGCGGCAGACGAGGGAGAGCGAGAGGUGCUGUUCGCUUCCCUCAACAAGAAGUUUCCGGUGAAAGAUCUGGGGGAGUGUACCUGGUACGACGGGUGUGCUAUCGCCAUGGAUGUAGAAAAUGGCAUUACCAAGCUGUCCCAGACAGCAUACAUUGAGAGUAUGCUGAAGCGGUUUGAUGUGACCACGACCACUUUCACCCCUGCUGCCACCGAUGCCGACCUAGGGCCGAAGUGAGAUGACGAGCCCGCGGCGGAUAAGUCUGUGAGGAAGGCGAUCGGAUGCCUGAUAUGGACGAAGCUGACGAGACCAGACAUCGCCCUGCCUCUGAACAAGCUCCAGAAGACCGCCCACUCACCCACCGGGAGGAUAUGGAACGCGCUUGUGCGGAUCAUGUCCUACCUGAACUUCACGAAGGACUUCGGCAUCACCUACGUACGGGGGUCAGGACUAGACCUAAGCGUGUUGUCGAUGCCAGCUACGCUGAAAACGAAGUAGACAGGCGUUCUACGACCGGGCUAGCUGAGGCGCUGUUUGUGCGUGGCGUUCU